CGUGUGAGGACUUUUUACAGUAAUGCAACGUCAAAUGGUCACUAAAUGAAUGAUUGUAAGUCGAGGACUACUUGGAACGGAUGGGGUAUAAAAAAAAUUGUGAAUCGGGCUCAGGGCAGUCUUUUCAAAUUCACCUUUCAGCUGGUGCUGAUCUUCCAUUUGAAGCAAAGCUGGCGAUGGGACCCUUCAGGGAUUUCAAAGUAGUUGUCAACGUACGCAAAAGGGUAAAGCUGGAACGUGGAUCCCACUGGGAAAGGAGUGAAAAAGUCCAGGAAAAAAAAAAGAAAGAAAAAUGUUAGAGAGGAGAAAACCCUGGGCUGGAUUUUGAUAAAAAAAAGAGGUUAAUGAAGAAAACAAGGGGGAAAAUGGGUCACAUGCUUUAAACCCACAAAAUCCUCAUUUAAAUCUAGGCUUGUCAAUCAUCCUUAAAGGGCAAAACAAGGGCAGGAAAAGGGGAGCAGCUGAGCUGAUUCAAGAGGGUGGAGUCUCUCUUCUAAUGGGAUUUUAUUUAUUUGUAUGGAGGGUUCAUGUUUUCUAUUCUCCUGCAAAAAGCCACUCAUCCGUUGGGUUGGGAGGUGGAGGAACAGUGGUGGCCCAGCUGUGAAGAAGAACAUCCCACAGCAGCCUAGAGCAGUUCUAACAGGAUCAAUAAAUUUUUCCUAUUCAGAAAAUGAGUUUGACAUUCAGAGAAGCUUAAUGUCAGCCUACCAGAAAAUGUUUGAGUCAAUCUGGUUGCAGAGAAAAACAGGAAAUUAGAUCAAGGACCCCGUUUGGCCUCCAGGUGUGUCUCCUCCGCUUCUGCUCCUCAAAUCAGAACUGCUGAGCAUUUCAAGUAACAAGAGGAUGACUCUAUGGCCUUGGUCCCAUGGCCUUUAACAGGCUUCCAGAAAGACCCUUACAGAUGCUGUGAAACUCAUCUUCGAAAACAUUUGAAAAACCUUUGCACGUGGUCUUGCUGUACCAAGACGUCAGGGGGACUCUCAGCAAAGCACCAUGUUCCAUGAGGCGGCUCUGUGGCUGCUGGUAGGGAUCCGAAUCGCUGCAAUAGCCGGCGGUGGCCCCGGAGGAGGCUAUGCGCAGAUGAAGUACAUGCAACCGGUGGUAAAAGGGCCGCUCGGCCCUCCGUUCCGAGAAGGUAAAGGCCAAUACGUAGAUAUGCCUCCACUGCUGCCAAUGGACCUCAAGGGGGAACCUGGACCACCAGGAAAGCCGGGCCCGAGAGGACCACCUGGCCCGCCAGGCUAUCCAGGCAAACCGGGCACCGGCAAACCAGGACAUCAUGGGCAACCUGGGCCUGCUGGGCCCCCUGGCUUUUCUGGCAUCGGGAAACCUGGCCUUCCGGGACUUCCGGGCAAGGCUGGCAUGAAGGGGAUGCCAGGACCGGCAGGAGAGACGGGCCUGCGAGGAGAGCAAGGUCCCCGGGGUUGGCCAGGGCCACCGGGAUUGCCUGGGCCCGCUGGACUCUCUGUGAAUGGAAAACCAGGCCCAACCGGGAGCCCGGGCCUCCCUGGAUUCCGGGGAGAACCUGGGCCCAAAGGAGAACCCGGUCUGCGAGGCGAGCGUGGAGCAAAGGGCGAGAAUGGCAUGGGGAAGCCCGGACUGAUGGGCCCCCAAGGGAAUGUGGGACUGCCUGGCCCUGCAGGGCCCCCAGGGCCUCCCGGCUUUGGAAAACCUGGCCUGGAUGGGUUGCCUGGGGCUCCGGGGAGCAAAGGGGACUUGGGUCUUCCGGGUGAACCAGGGCUGAGUGGACAACCUGGGCUUAUGGGCCCUCGUGGCCCUCCAGGUGUGGAUGGCACCGGAUUGCCCGGCAUAGCUGGCAUGCCGGGUUUGCCAGGCCCUUUGGGGGCCAAGGGGGAACCUGGCCUACGUGGCCUUCCAGGGCUGCCUGGCCCUACAGGGUAUGGGAAACCAGGGCUCCCUGGCCUAAAGGGGGACCGUGGGCAGCCAGGAGUGACAGGAAUAAUUGGUGACAAGGGGGAGCCUGGGAUGGAUGGAGAGCCAGGGGAGAUGGGGCCCCCUGGCCUGGUUGGGGGCCCUGGCCCUCAGGGCGUCAUGGGUUUGCCAGGCAAGCAUGGCCUCCCUGGUGCAAAAGGUGAAGUAGGGCCAAGUGGGCCUAUAGGACCCCCGGGCCUGCGGGGAGACCAGGGGCCCAAUGGUUUUGUGGGCAAGCCAGGGAUUCCUGGGGAGAGAGGGCUCCCCGGUGCCACAGGGAUGUCUGGCCCAACAGGCCCCAAGGGGGAAGCGGGUUUCAUGGGGCUUCCCGGGACCCCAGGCCCUUCUGGGCCCCAUGGGCCAAAGGGAGAGUCUGGGAUCCCGGGCCAACCAGGCCUCAGAGGCCCUUCAGGAAUACCAGGUUUACAAGGCCCCUCUGGUCCCAUGGGGCCCCAAGGAUUGACGGGCUUGAAAGGUGAGCCUGGCCCCCCAGGGGCCCCCGGAAUCAGCAGAGUCGGACAGCCAGGCAUGACAGGUCCUACUGGCCCCCCAGGGGUUCCUGGGAACCCUGGGAUCACUGGGCUCCCAGGACCCCCAGGACCCCCAGGGGCCCCGGGAGUCUCCCCUGCCAGAGAUUAUCAGGGCCACCACUUGCCCGACGGAAAUGUUGAGGGAGCAGUGCUGGGCAACGGCAAGUCCGGGAAACCCCAGUUUGGCCGAGGGGAACUCUCUGCCCAGAUGUUGCCGGCUUUCACCGCCAUCCUGAGUUCACCCUUCCCAGCCUCAGGAAUGCCCGUAAAAUUCGACAGGACUUUGUACAACGGGCAGAAUGGCUAUAACCCGGUAACGGGCGUCUUCACUUGCCCUAUUUCCGGCAUCUAUUACUUUGCCUACCACGUCCACGUGAAAGGAACCAACGUCUGGGUGGCCCUGUACAAAAACAACGUGCCGGCCACCUAUACUUACGACGAGUACAAAAAGGGCUAUUUAGACCAAGCGUCGGGCAGCGCCGUGCUCGAACUCAAAGAAAACGACCAAGUCUGGAUCCAGAUGCCUUCAGACCAAGCCAACGGUCUGUACUCCACCGAAUACAUCCAUUCUUCUUUUUCCGGAUUCCUUCUCUGCCCCACAUAACGGCCGUUUGGGAGUAGCUCCUUUCUCCCCUUGAGUCAUAAACUUGUCUUUUUUUGAAAAAUAAAAAAUAAAAAAAUAGGAAAGUCACUGGGAAGGAUGGUGCGAGCCACAAUCACCUUGACCCAGCCAAGGAGAGCAUCCGGGAGAGAGAACCGUUGCUGCUGGACCGUCUGGGGAUUUGGAAUUUGAUUUAUCCUUAUGACGGCAUGGCAAGGCAAGGCCACAGAGGCUGCCCAUCCCGUCUUCGGGGCUCUUGAAAGUCAGAAAGCUUUUGGGAAAGCUGUGCCAACAACAGUCACCUUUAGCAUUGUGGGUUUUCUUCUUCCUUUUUUUUUUUUUUAAUCUGCUUAAAGGCACCGUCUUCUGUUGUUUAGCUCUUUUAAAAUGUGAUUUCGGUCGUUGCCUGAGGCAUAACGAAGACCCAGAAGGGUGAAUUAUGAAAUUGUGAAAUGCUUUGCUUUAAGCAUCUUUUAUGCGAGGCUCUGUGUAUCUUUCAAGCAUCCCGUUCGACGUUUAUGGGAAAAGGUAUGGCAAAGGAACUCUUAUUUCAAAGCCAUACAGAGACUUUUAAAAUCAACUGGAAAAAAAGCAGGACUCUUUAAAUCGUGCGUUUUAAUAGCCCAUGGGUAAAAUAAACCGGUCAAAUAUCCAUCAGAUGCAAAGCAGUAGUUUAAAUGAAUAAAUAUGCUUCUAUGAAUCCCGUGGCCCAAAACUAUCUGAGUAUUAAAGCACUGCAGAUAUUGGUAAUUUUAUAUAUAUAUAAAAUUAACACUGAAUUGUGUUAAGUUCAAACACCUUGUUACCAUAUUUCCUCGGGAUCUGCAGAUUGUUGAUGAAGGUGGCCGUACCAAACUCCAUAAAAUAUACAAUAUCUUUGUUUUAAAGUAAAAUUCUUGGUUUCCCUUCAGUGUAAUUUUCACAAUGGUGCUAAGUAAUAUUUUCUUAAUAUUAGCUCUUUUAAAAGAUAUUUUGAGUAGUGCAAUAUCCUUUUUAAAAAGGUGCGAAGUUUAGCCUUGGGGUUUUUGCAGUGUUUUUUUUUUAAAGUAGCCAUCUGUACCCUUUAAAUACAAAAAAGAAGGGUUUUGUCAUCAGAGGCAAUAAUAGCACGUGAAAAAUACGCUAAAGAUUCCUUUCUGCAUAAAUGAUGGAGAAUAUAGCUGGAUCUGAUGAACUAUUCUUUUUACAGAUCCAGAAAUGGCCAGAGCAACUUAGUAUGUUUUUCAAAUUUAUUAUAAACAUAUACAUUUGGACAACUCAACUGCAACAACAACUGCAAUCAAGGCUGAAUUUGUUGACAAACGUUCUAAGUUGACAAGAGUGAAAAACGACUGUAAAAAGAGCAGCAAAGAAAAAUGCUGGGGAAUAAAAUAUUUGGGUUAUCUGCUAUUUAAAAUAUUCUACCAACUGUCUUUUUUUUUCUUUAAUCCUUUUUAGGAAAAAAAAAAAAGCAACCUUGAACUGAUUUGUCUGGUUAGGCACAACAAAAGAACAGGCUAAUGCAGUGGUUCUCAACCUUUUUAAUGCCGCGACCCCCAACCGGUCGUAAGUCGAGGACUACUCAACCGGUCGUAAGUCGAGGACUACUCAACUGGUGCAGCACCGUUUGCAGAA